AUGCAGCCGACAGUGUGGCGGUCCUUCGCGACGACCUGUACGCGGCGUGCCCCACCGAUGCGCCUGGCUGUCGUGGGCACAGGGCCUAGUGGCUUUUAUGCUGCGUCACGGAUCCUGCACCAGUUUGAUAAGGCGCAUGGGACGGGCGAUAACGGCGUAGAAGUGCACAUGUAUGAACGAUUGCCUACGCCUUUUGGGCUGGUACGCUAUGGCGUCGCACCUGAUCAUCCGGAAGUGCGCAAUGUAGAAAACAAGUUUGAUGAAGUGCUGCGUGAUCCGCGUGUCACGUUCCUUGGCAAUGUAUGUGUCACUGCCGAGGCCACGUCGUCGAUCCCAGCGCCAACAGAGCACAUUGCGCUACCAUCCCUCGCCCCAUAUUAUACACAUAUCCUAUAUGCCUAUGGUGCUAGCGAUGCCCGUCAUCUGCAUGUGCCUGGCAGUGCGCCAGGAGAACUAGCGAACGUGGCAUCGGCUCUGGACUUUGUGCAAUGGUACAACGGGCACCCAGAUGCCCAUGGCGCAAACGCAGCACGGUGGGAACAGAUCGACGGAUCGACACUAAGAAAUGUCGCGGUCGUCGGUGCUGGGAAUGUGGCCAUUGACGUGGCCCGAAUCCUUUUGCGCCAAAGCGCGUUUGCGCCGGCCGAUCAAUCUCUUCGCCAUACCGAUGUCCCGCAGUCGGUGCUGGACUGCCUUCGUUCAUGGCAGGUCGAGAAUGUGGGACUGUUUGUCCGCCGCGGCGCUGCGCAGCUGGCAUUCACCAACAAGGAACUGCGUGAGAUGCUAGCUUUACCGCAUGCACCAUUCCAGCCGAUGGACGCUGCGCAUCUCUCCCAGGCCUUGGCCAUUGUGGCCCAGAGCGAGGAGGUCGGUCACAAACGCGCAAUGACACGGCUACUUAAGCAGCUGCAGAAGGGCAGUGCAUGCACCUAUAAAGCCGACCAUAAGCCACGCUGGGGCGUGCAUCUUCUGCGCGCGCCCAAGGCCUUCCAUGGCCGCGACGGGCGUGUGGUGGAGGCUGAAUGGGCUGUGACACAGGUCUCAGAACAGGGGCAGGCGAUCGAUACGGGCGACUCCGUGACCACAGACGUGGACUUGGUCCUCAGCAGUGUCGGUUAUCGCUCACGUCCUCUCCCUGGCACGGCUACCAAUGUCCCCUUUGACGAUCUCCGUGCCAUCAUCCCCAAUGAGCGACGCCGCGUCGUAAACCAAGAUGGCCACAUCGUGCCAGGCAUGUACGUGGCCGGUUGGCUUGCUACGGGCCCUGUCGGUGUGAUCGUUUCGACCAUGAUCGAUGCCUACAGCGCCGCUGAUGAGAUGCUGCACGACUGGCGCGAGAACCCCACAACGUCGACACUCUGUGCAUCCUAUGGUGUGCCCACAGCUGAGCGUGGUCUGCCCGAGGCAUUGGAAGGCAAGCGCAUCGUGCACUACGACGACUGGCUGCGGAUUGAUGCCGCAGAGAAGGAGCGUGGACGUGCGCUCGAUAAGCCACGCGAAAAGUUUGUGCGUGUACAGGAUAUGCUGGACAUACUCUAA